GGACGGGAGAGGGAGGCUGGGUGAGCAGGGGAAAUGCUGGGGCUCUGGGCGGUGGCUGUGACCUCUGCACAGGGCCUCCUGGGUGCCCGUCCCUGAGCAGGUUGUGUAGGUACCUUACCUCAGUGGUGAGGAAGCCCAGGCCCGCAGAGGGGAGGUGAUGUUUCCGCCUGGCAAGAGGCGAGGUGGGGACCUGUGCUAUCUGUGCCCUCACCGGUGCGUCUAAUAAUAAACAAGAUGGGCUUGGCAUCUGGUGGCCCACAGCCUCAGUGUAAGCAGACCACAGGCCUCAGCACGGAGCUGCCCAGCCGGGCCCCGAGCCACCGCUGACGCGGCGCCGUGGAGCAGGAGGCCUUUGUGAGGCGGCCCCGGGCGUGGGCAGCAGGUUCCGUCGUCCUGCCCGCCGGGGGGAGGGGCAGGCAGAAGCCGGGAUCUGGGACCCCGCGGAAGAUGGUUCUCACCAUGCUGGGGGCUCUGCACCCCAGGGCCGGGCUGAGCCUCUUCGUCCUGUACCUUGUCCUGGCAGCCGCACUUCUCCGCCCCCAGCCACUGAGGCCUCAGCGAUCCGUUCCUGAGGAGUUUUCGGCCCCCCUGGAACUCUCGGAGCCGCUCUCCGGCCUGGUGGACGACUACGGUGUCCGACCGAAACACCCGUGGCCUCGGGGGCCCCGACCCCUGCUCUCCCGGGCCCAGCAGCGCAAGCGAGAUGGGCCCGACAUGGCCGAGUACUACUAUGACUCACGCCUGUGACGGGAACCCCUCAUAAAACUAUUCUGUGCAGCAAAA